AGGCCGAAAGCUAGAUUCAUCUUCCAAAGGUCUUCGUGUUUGAUUGCUCUUACAAUUCUGUACUUUGUUGUGGCACUUGACUAUGGCUCUGUUAACUUCUUCAACUUUGGUCCUUCACAGGAGAAGAACAAUUACUUUGGUGAACCGAUGCAUAAUUCCUACGGCUUGAACAUAUCACAAGUUGGCUAUAUUGGUCCGAUAUACUUUGUGAACGGAGACCUGAAAUGGUUCGACCUACUUGGUGUGCUCAACGUUGGAAUAGUGAACGGUUUCACGUUUGCAGUUAUCCCUUUCUGUGGAUUAGCAAUUGCGAAACGUCUUCGUGUACAAAAAGUUAUGAGCGAGAGAACAAAGGAACUGCAAGUCCAGAUGUUCAAGGUGCUCUUGAUACAGUCCUUUUUUCCGCUCGUCUUCACAUUCAUACCUUCAACCGCCAUCCUUAUCAUGACAUUUAUUGGGAAAAGUACAGGGGAGGGCGGCAACAUAGUUGCGUUACUUCUCAACGUAUACCCUGUGAUCGAUCCUAUCGUGGUGAUGUAUCUUGUUACUAGCUAUAGAGAAGCUGUUUCAAAUUAUUUGCUACCAUUGAAAUAUGCAGCCAGAUGCAUGUCGUACACAUAG